UCUUUAUGUUAAUUUAAAAAUUUUAUUAAUUAAAAAAACAUAAUAUGAUUUUAAGCAAAUUAAAUCUAUCGACUAAUGGUAAGCUACAAUCAUUAAAUCGUGUUUACCGUUUUACAACAAGAACAUUUAAACGCCAACCACGUAAUCAUUAUGAUAAUGCCGCCAAACCUAGACGCGUACCUUUAGUACCAAUCACUUUUGUGACAGCUUUUACUGGCUUUAUAGCAUAUGAUGGUUUGAUCAAUGAUUUUACCUACUCAGGGGCUUCCAUACGUUUUAUGCGUUCCGUUAAGACUGCUUCUCUUAUAGCUUUCGACUAUUUACUAUUGGAUGAAAGCGAUCCUAAUUAUGAUGUCAAUAUUAAAGAAGUACAUCAAAGAAGUGCUAAUCGUUUACUAGAAACUUGUCUAUUAAAUGGUGGCCUUUAUAUUAAAGUUGGUCAGGGAUUUGCUGCCAUAAAUCACAUAUUGCCUAAAGAAUAUACAAGUACCUUGAUGAAACUGCAAGAUAAAUGUUUGCCCACCAGCAAGGAAGAUGUUUUGAAAGUUUUUAAAGAAGAUUUUGGUCAUGAGCCAGAAUAUUUUUAUUCGGAGUUCGAUUACACACCCAAGGCAGCGGCAAGUAUUGCUCAGGUUUUUAAAGCCAAGCAUAAAAAUGGUCAAGAUGUGGCUGUAAAGGUCCAAUAUGGUGAUUUACAAAAACGUUUUGUUAGCGAUUUGGGCACCAUUAUCCUAUUACAUGAUGUUAUAGAAUUCUUUUUUAAAAGUUAUAAUUUUGGUUGGAUAUUGCGAGAUGUACGAAAAAACUUGGUGCAAGAAUUAAAUUUCAUUAACGAGGGUAAAAACUUGGAAAGAUGUGCCAAUGACUUGAAACAAUUUCAAUUUGUUCAUAUACCAAAAGUCUAUUGGCCGGAGACAAGAACGAGGGUUUUAACAUUAGAAUGGAUUGAUGGUAUCAAAAUUGGUGAUGUGGACAAACUUAAAGACAAUAAUUUAAAUCUAAAAGAUGUUGAUAAGAAACUAUUUCAAAUGUUUGCCGAGCAAAUAUUCAGUUCUGGCUUUGUGCAUGCUGAUCCACAUGCCAGUAAUAUUUUUGUGCGUAAAAGUGGUAAAACUGGUAAAGCUGAAAUUGUACUCCUAGAUCAUGGUUUAUACGAGGAAUUGCCCGCCAAUGUUAGGGCACCUUUAUGUGAAUUCUGGGAAGCUACCGUUUUACGUGAUGAAAAGGCUAUGGCAAAGGCGGCCCAAAAAUUGGGUAUAAAAGAUCAUAUGAAAUUUGCUGAAGUUUUGUUUCAACAACCUAUACGUAUACAUGGUGGCACGAUUAAAACCAAAUUAAAUGAAGAUGAUAUUAAGUACAUGCAAAAGAUUGCACAACAAAAUUUCGAAUUGAUAAUGUCCACUUUAAAGGAAAUGCCCCGCAAUAUGUUAUUUGUUGUUCGAAAUCUGAAUACGGUUAGAGCUAUUGGUCGUAUGCAUGGAGAUGUAGUAGAUAGACCUCGUGUAAUGGCCCAUCAUGCACAAAAAUGUAUAUACAAGAAUUAUAACUCCUUUAGAGGUUACUUUGUGUGGCUGUUUCGUAGAUUGUAUUUUGAAUAUUCUUUGUGGACAUUUUCAUUUAGACGUUCCUGCUUAAGUUUGUAUUUAAAUGUUUUGUAUAAACUUGGUAGAGCUCCCGCCUCAGCUAGUACUAUAUUAAACAGCCUUAACCCUCAAACUGUUGAAUAAUAAUUUACGGUGGUUUUUGCUUUUUGUACUAUACCUAAGUUAAAAAGAUUUACGAGGCUAUUGUUUUAUAUACAUUGUUAAACAUAAAUAAAUUUUGUUGUGGGUUUGUA